AUGGCAACAACAAUCCUCCCAGCAGCAAUAUUGGCCAUCAUCAUAUUGCUUCAGUUUCAGGCCAUAGAUUCGAGUCCAGUCACUUAUCAUGUUGGCGAUGAAUUUGGCUGGGACCUGGUCAUCGACAUGCAAAGCUGGGCUCGAGGAAAAAAAUUUCAUGCCGGCGAUUUUCUCGUUUUUGAAUACGAUGAUCAGAGGUACGAUGUGGCGUUGGUGAAUGAAGAAGGGUUCAAUACUUGCACCGUUAACGACGGGGCUAAAGUGUUGGAUUCGGGGAGCGAUAAAGUCCAACUGGCCUUCGGAGCUAAUUAUUUCAUCGAUAGCGUUGCUGAUGUAUGUGCCGGCGGUAUGAAGAUGGCCAUCAACGCCACUGCACCGCCACCCUUGUUUUAG